CCAACUAUCUUCUUUUCAAACUCUAGUUCUUUGCAUUCAAGCUCUAAAAAAAAGCCAAGCAAAUCUUCAUAUAUUAAUUUACAGUUCAGUUUUGGAUCCACUUCAUAUUUGUCUGGAAGAUAUAAUAAGUCUUGGGGCUCUUCAUUACACAAGUAUUUAGUGCUCCCUGAAAAUGAAGGAUCAUUCCUCUUAGCAUAAAGUUGGUUCAAGCUUUUUAGUCCAUCGUAAAGUUCAGGCAGGCACUUCCCUUUUUCCAUGCAACUGAUGAUAUAGAGCUUUCAGCUAGAGAAAAAAAAUGGACAAGAGAGGAUCAAAACCACGCGAUAAGUUGAUCAUGUUCGUGUUCGUGUUCAUGCUAUUUUACAUGCAGCAGUGCAUAUGUUCUGAGCUCGAGCUACUUUUAUCGAUGAAAGCAUCGAUAAAGGAUCCGUUAGGGUCUCUUCAUGAUUGGAUUCCAUCUCAAUCUUUUUGCCAUUGGAAUGGUGUUAUUUGUGAUGAGUUGUCUCAUGUUGCGAAAAUUGAGCUCUCGGGCAAGAAUUUAUCUGGAAAAAUAUCUGAGAGUAUAUUCAACUUGCCACAUGUUGAAUCAAUUGAUCUCUCCAAUAAUCAACUUUCUGGUGAAAUUCCAAGCAAUUUCUCAUCUUGUUUGGCACUUAGAUUUCUCAAUCUUAGCAACAAUAACUUCACAGGUCCACUUCCUCAAGGCUCAAGAAUCCCACUUCUUGAGACAUUGGAUCUCUCAAACAACAUGAUUUCAGGGAAAAUCCCCGAAAAUAUUGGACUAUUUUCGAGUCUCAAAGUUCUCGAUUUUGGUGGAAAUGUCUUGAUUGGGAGCAUACCAAAGUCUAUUUCAAAUAUUUCUAAUUUGGAAUUCUUGACUCUUGCUUCAAACCAAUUAAUCGGAGAAAUUCCUCGAGAACUAGGGUUUAUGAAGAAAUUGAAGCUUAUUUACUUGGGAUAUAACAAUUUCUCAGGUGGAAUUCCAAAAGAGAUUGGUGAAUUGACUUCUUUGUAUCAUCUUGAUCUUGUGUACAACAAUCUAACAGGUGAAAUCCCUUCAUCUUUAGGUAAUCUCACCAAUCUGAAGUACCUUUUUCUCUACAUAAACAAGCUCACUGGUCCAAUUCCAAGAUCCUUAUUCAAUCUCAAGAAAUUGGUAUCACUUGAUUUAAGUGAUAACUUCUUGUCUGGUGAAAUUCCUGAGAUUAUAUCCCAAUUGCAAAAUUUGGAAGUUCUACAAUUAUUUGCCAACAAUUUUACUGGUAGAAUUCCACAUGCUUUGACUUCCUUGCCUCAUCUUCAAGUUCUUCAACUAUGGUCUAACAAAUUAUCAGGUGAAAUUCCUAAGGACCUUGGAAAAUACAACAAUCUCACAAUUCUUGACCUUUCCACCAAUAACCUCAUCGGAAAAAUACCCGAAAACAUAUGUUACUCCGGCCAUCUUUUUAAACUCAUACUCUUCUCAAAUUCCCUCCAGGGCGAAAUCCCGGUGAGUUUGAGCCAUUGCAAAAGCUUACAAAGAGUCCGUUUGCAAAACAACCAACUCAGUGGUGAAUUGUCCCUGGAAUUCACUAAGCUUCCACUUGUUUACUUUCUUGAUAUUUCGGACAACAAUCUUUUUGGAUCCAUUAGUGAAAGAAAAUGGGAUAUGCCAGCACUUCAAAUGCUGAAUUUGGCUAGGAACAAGUUUUUUGGCACCUUGCCUGAUUCUUUUGGUACCAAGAAUCUUGAAAACCUGGAUUUAUCAGGAAAUGGUUUUUCUGGUAAUAUUCCUAGAGAUAUCGGGCAAUUUUCAGAACUAAUGGAGCUGAAGUUAAGUAGCAACAAACUUUCAGGUGAAAUCCCAGAUGAAUUAUCUUCAUGCAAAAAGCUUGUGACUCUUGACCUAAGCCAAAAUCAGCUAUCAGGUCAAAUUCCAAUGAGUCUUUCUGAAAUGCCAGUCCUUAGCCUUCUUGAUUUGUCAAUGAAUGAAUUAUCAGGCGAAAUCCCACCAAAUUUAGGAAAAGUUGAAUCACUUGUCCUAGUCAAUAUUUCUCACAACCAUUUCCAUGGAAUCUUACCAUCCACCGGAGCUUUCCUUGCCAUAAAUUCCAGCGCGGUGGUCGGAAAUCAACUUUGUGGAAGCCGUGGCGACGAAAUCACAAGCGGUUUGCCGCCGUGCAAAGCCGUCAAGAAAAGCUCAAUUUGGUGGUUCUUCUUGACUUGUCUACUUGGAAUACUAGUCUUGUUAGUAUUCUCAGCCUUAGUUGUAGUAUUCAUCCAAAGGAGAAGAGAAUUAAAGCUCAAGAAAGUCGAGAGUACUCAAGAUGGUAAUUGGGAUAUUCAAUUCUUUGAUUCCAAGGCUUCAAAAUCCAUCACCCUCAAUGAUAUCUUAUCUUCUGAAAUAAGCAACACACAAAUCUUUGUGAAGAAAUUCAAUCAUGUGAAUUUGAAUAUUCCAAAAAGUUUUUGGACAGAUAUCCAAGAACUAGGGAACGUUCGACAUCCAAAUGUUGUGAAGCUUAUAGCUGCAUGCAAAUCAGAGAAAUGUGGAAUUUUGGUUUAUGAGUACGUAGAAGGGAAGAAUUUGAGUGAAGCAAUUGGAGGCAUGAAUUGGGAACGUAGAAAAAAAAUUGCUAUAGGAAUUGCUAGAGCUCUCAAAUAUUUGCAUUUCUCUUGUUCACCAAGUAUUGUUGUUGGUGACAUUUCUCCCCGGAAAGUUAUCAUCGACGGCAAAGAUGAAGCUCACCUGAGAUUGAGUCUUCAAACUAUUUUCACUAGCAGCAAAGGUUUCAGCUCUUCAGCCUACGUUGGUCCAGAAUACAAAGGAAUAUCAGAGAAGAGUGACAUAUAUGGAUUUGGCCUUCUGUUAAUUGAGCUAUUGACUGGAAAAAACCCUGCUGAUGCUGAAUAUGGCUUGCAUGAGAAUGUCGUCGAUUGGGCACGAUAUUGCUACUCAGAGUGUCAUUUAGAGACAUGGGUUGAUCCAGCAAUGAAGAAUGAUGCAGUGAAUAAUCAGAAUAAAAUGGUGGAAAUGAUGAAUGUAGCACUGCAGUGCACUGCUACUGAAGCAGCAGCAAGACCCUGUGCUAGUGAUGUUGUAAAGACAUUGGACUCUUUUGUGAGAUCAAAUUCUUGUGGUUUAGGUUUGAAAAGGUGUUCUAGUGUUUAGAUUUUGGGACUUUUAACUCCAAGAUUUUUGUUUUGCCUUAAUUACUUUUUCUUUGAUCAGCUUCUGAGUGUUGCUCAAUGUUUUGGGAUGCUAUGUGGCAUGCUAUUUGAGUGUAAAAUGUAGAUAUAAAACUAAAUGCUAAUAUAUAGAUUGCAACUUUUAAAAUUC